CUUUGUGCUGAGGAAACUGAGAGCCUCUGUUGCUCCUCAUAUCUUAUCAAACAUCAGAGGCCUCCCUGUGAGGCUUGCAUUACCCAGAGUUUUGAUCUCACUAGUACUUUGGCAAUCUGAAUACAAAAGUUAAAUACACAGGAAAUAUGGUUUCAGCACUCUUCUUGCUGUAGCAAUUAGUUUGUGUUUGCUCAGUAUAAGAUUCUGUUGCCUUAAUCUUGCAAGUUUCAGUCACGCAGAUUCUGACAAGAGCAUCCUAAAUUACCUGUUUCUGAUUGUCUUCUGCAGGAAGUGAAAGCUUAUUGAUCCUGGCUGAACAAGUGGAAUCACAGAAGAGCCAUUCUGCAAGUAUGCAGAGAGGAAACGGUGAUGUCCCUGAACAAAUGGAUUUUGUGUCUUUGUGUAAUAAAAGAAAGCGAUUUGCCCCUGCUCCACUGGGACAGAAUGUGGUAAGAACCAGUGAAGGAGAAUAUGAAGACAGUGAGAGUGUAAUUUAUGAGUAUGAACCAGAUUAUGAAUGUGCGAGCGUUGUAUCUGAAGCUUCCUGCAUUGGAGAUCAGCAGAAAACUCUUGCGGAAGUUCUAAGUUAUUGCCAGGCCAUGUACGAUUCCAUUCAGAAACUGGAUAAAAAACUUGACCUGCUUCAUCGAAAGGUCUCAGAAAUGCAGCAUACUUGUGCCAGGCCACUGUUACUCAAACCUAAACCAGUUGGAUUUAUAUACAGAAGUUCCAGUCAUUUGCCCCAAGGAAGAGUAAGAGUACAAAAAUCUAUGGAAAGGGAUUCAAGACUUCAUCUCUCUUCAUCAGGCCGAGGAAGGCAUAACCCAGUUAUAAGGGCUGCUUUACAUAAUAGCCAUGUUCAGGUCAAUUCCACAACAAAUAGUGUUCAACGGACUAUGAAACUUGAAUCUCAGCAGCCUGUUCUUAGGCAGAGCCCUCCACUCCCCACCAUAGUUUCUACACAUUCCUUGCAUUCACAAUUUACAGCAGCUGAAAGCAUCCCUGACCUUCUUCCUCAACCAGAUCUUUCAGCUACUCUUGAAAGUACUGUCAACACUGCAUCAUCUCCAGCAUCAUCAUCAGUGAUGCCAGCACCAUCUGAAACAGGCUUGGGAAAUGAAGCAGUGGUGGAGAACUACGGAGACUCAUCUGGGAGUGUGAGCAUUAGUAAAGAAGUGCCAUCUUCAUCACUCUCCAUCCAUCCAAGCUUUGAAUAUGUUGGUGACCCAGUGAGAAAUGUGAAAGUCCUUGGAAACUAUUUGAUGAAAGCUCGGCAAAAGACUAAACCGAAGUAUGCAGCCCGCUACUUAGUUCGUGUCUUGUUCCCCAAGGAAGCUUUACGAUGUAGCAUUGUAGGAGCAAGUACACAAGGGUGGUGUUCACUGGAUCCUAAUAAAAUGGCUGCCAUAAGAGAAUUUCUUGCAGCUAACUUUCCAAACUAUGAUUUGAGCGAAUAUGGAAAAGACUGGAAAACAUGUAUCACACUUGUCAAUGCUAUGAUCCGCUGUUUGCACUCUGAAACAAAAAUAAACCAAGAGAUAGCUAAUGGGAAAGAGGAAUUGGCUGACACUCCAGAUACAUCUCCUUGCAUAGAUUUAAAUUGCAAUGAAGACAGUAUAGGAAGUUCUCAAAACUCUCAGAAGGUGACCAGGUCUACCAGUGACAGUCUGCAGAAUUCGGGAUGGGCUAAGUUCCCGGAAUCUUUCCGUACACCUUCAGUCAGGAAACAGAAGCCUCCGGAACCCAUGGAACUCCUUGGAAGUCCGUGGCACAAUGUUCAGUUGCCCCUCUCAGUCAUUUAUGUUGCAAAGGGGAAGUCUCGGCCAGAGUUGUCAGCUCGCUACCUCAUUCGUCAUCUGUUCACUGAAGAUGUGCUGGUGAAAAGCAAUGUAUAUGGUAAUAUUGAACGUGGGAUGAGUCCGUUGGACUGCAACAAAAUUAAUGCCCUCAGAGACUUUCUUCAAGAGAAUUAUCCAUCCUUUGAUCUAAAGGAAACUGGAUAUGAUUGGAAGGCAUGCGUGGCUGCCAUAAACAGCACAAUCCGGAGUCUCAGACAUGACCACAAAAAGGCUACAGCUGGAGUCCUUUAAGGUGUCCUCCAACUUGAGGCAUGCUAUAUAUAUGCCUAUGAUCAAGGCAGCAGAAGCAUGUAGAAAUGUGGAGUGGAAGAAAAGGACCUCCGUGAAGGAAGAUUAAUGGUCAACUAAACUAUUGCAUUGUGUGUGAGGAGGUAGAUUAGCUUCAUUCUGAUUCAGUGCCACAAAAGCAGCAAAAAAAAACCCCUAAACAAAUAGCCCCAGGUUUAUGUUUUAUCAUGAUGAAAACUGAUGACAGUACUUCUUCAGGGGCAUAGUCAGCUGCACAGUGGCAUAUGUCUAUUCAGGUCUGAUGUGCACAAGGUGCAAAUUUGCUGCAGCUUUCAUCUAGAUAUCUAGAAGAUUUGGAUCCUGAUUCAGAUUUAAGAAAGAAUAAUUUACAUUAUCUUCUUGUGCUUGGACCUCCAGUUAACACUGUAAGGACCUGUGCUACAUAAUCUUCAUAUGCAGUCAGAGAUGAGCACCAUCAGUGGUACUCUUUCUCAAGCUCACAGUCAUAGCUUUUAAUGUUCAGGCCUGUGGUUGCUGGUUUAUAGGGUUAGGUAUAUUUCUUCUAUUGUCUGGUUAUGCAGCUGUUCUGAAGGCUUUUUGUCCUGUCUUUGUUAACUUGAAUUGUGAAAGAUGUGCAGUAAUUAUUCCUGCCCUUGCUUGCUCUUCCACAGAACACUGAGAUUUAUGACUGGACUGAACUAAAAAAAAAAUAAAACCUCAUUUUGAAAAUUACUAGGAUAUUACUAGGAACUCAAAAAAUACCUAUCUAAAAAUAAAUGGCUUCAUGUAUAUUUAAUUUCUUAUGUGGUUGGUUAACAUAAGCUGGCUGCCCAGCAAUCCCAAAGUUGCUCUUUCUUUCCCCAUACUUAACAUAACUGGAGGCAAAGGUUCCAUGGUUUGGUGUUGUGAUUUUUUUGUUUCUUUCUGUUGUUAGCUAUAGGAUAAAAUUAGUGAGGAUACUGGUACUUGCUUUGACUUCUAUUUAUAAUAAAAAGGCCAUUUCUUAUGCACAGCAUAGAAUCAGUUUUCUUACUGUAAGUUAGGAUAUGCAAUGGCCUUAUCAAAUAGGAAAUUAGUAAGUUUCCCUUACCAGUUCCUUGCUGACAUUUUCUGUAGGAAUUAAGAAAUAGGCUGAAUUGAUUUAUUUUUUUUUUUCAAUAGAGAUAUUGUACUGGUGUUAGUCAAUAACACAAGAACAUUUGUUCUUCUGGUUUACUUCUGACAUUCAGCUGUUACUGUCCUACACAAUGUUGUUUGCAAAUGCAAAGAACUUUAUAUUGUGCUUAGAGAUUACUAGUUCCAAACAAACCCGAAGCAAAAAAAAAAGCCAAAAAUGCUUAUAUUUUUUCAGUAGCUCUAUCAGACUUUUUAACUGUCACUCAUGGAUUGGAACAGUAGAAUGAUGUAUUUAUUGAAUGAUCUGUCUGGCACUGAAAUCUGUUGGUGUGGUGCAUACCUCUUGAUUCCACGUUGAAAAGAGUAAUUGAAUAAAAGUAAAGAGUUUUCUUGGUUCUGUUAGAAAUGUAUCACUUUUUGCUAACUUUUAUAAUAUAAAAUUAAGAUAUUUUGCACUUAGGAAAAGUAUUUUACGAAUAAAACUAUCAUUUAGCUCCUAGCCUAA